AUUUCUGUAUAAAUUGGUGAUGCGGCUGCAGUGGUUCGUCAGUGAAGCAUUUGAUUUGGUCUAAUAAACAGCAGCCGAGUGCAAUCCGAGGAUUUAGCAACACCGAGGAUUACUGUGAGAUAGUGCCAAGUGCUAAAGUGAGUGCUUUGUGAACCGUGUGAAACCGCACCUAGAAUCCAUUACCCAUACGCACCGUUGACCCGUGAUUGCGCAGCCAUGAAAGCCUUUAUCCUAAUGUCCUGUCUGGCGCUGGCCGCCGCUCGUCCUGAAGCGGGCUACAACUACAACCGUCCUGGUGGCGGCGGUGGCUCCGGCGGUGGUGGCGGAGGAUUCGGAGGUGGCUCCAGCGGAGGAUUCGGCGGUGGCUCCAGCGGCGGAUUCGGAGGUGGUUCCAGUGGAGGAUUUGGCGGCGGCGGCAGCUUCGGCGGCGGUAGCGGAGGCGGUGGUGGCUUCAGCAGCGGUGGCGGAGGAGGCGGUGGUUUCGGAGGCGGUGGAUUCGGAGGUGGCUCCGGAGGCGGCGGCUUCGGAGGAGGUGGCAGCAUCGGAGGCUUCGGAGGCGGCGGCGGCGGCGGCGGUGGCACCACCCUGGUGCAGAAGCACAUCUAUGUGCAUGUGCCACCACCAGAGCAGGAGGAGGUGCGCCAGCGCCCUAACCUGCCCGUUGGCCAGUCUCAGAAGCACUACAAGAUCAUCUUCAUCAAGGCCCCGUCGCCACCCUCGUACCAGGCUCCGGUCAUCCCGCUGCAGCCCCAGAACGAGGAGAAGACCCUGGUCUAUGUGCUGGUUAAGAAGCCCGAGGAUCAGCAGGACAUUGUCAUCCCCACGCCCGCACCCACGCAGCCCUCGAAGCCGGAGGUGUACUUCAUCAAGUACAAGACCCAGAAGGAUUCCAGCGGCGGAGGCAUCGGCGGAGGAAUUGGAGGAGGCAUUGGAGGAGGCAUUGGAGGAGGCAUUGGAGGAGGCAUUGGCGGAGGCAUUGGCGGAGUAUCUCCAGCUCAUGGUGGCUUCACCCAGACCAACACUGGAGGUGGCUACACUACUGGCGGUGAUUCUGGCUUCGGUGGCGGCGACAGCGGCUCCAUCUCGGCCCCGUCCAGCAACUACGGACCCCCCGGAAAGUCCGGUCCCUACUAAGAAGGGCGAUCCUCAACCCAUCGAGAACUCAAAAUUGCGAACUUCGAACUCGGCCCAAGCUGCUGACUAGUCCUGUCGUUGACACGCCCCCAAAAACUCUCACUCGAGAACCACAUCAUCCACAUCACAUAACAACUACCCGAAAACACUCACGAUCUUCGACCCUGAACUAUCUCAGACUUACAUAACUCC